UGAUUGAGAAGGCGAACCAAGCAAGCUUUAGGGUUUAAUGAGUUUAUAGACCGAUUGCGCAUCCAGAGACCACGUUUUGCACUUCGCUGAGUGUCAGGACUUGAUGGUUGAAGGGCGUCGAAUUUCUAUCGUGAGGGAAUGACGAAAUUAAUCGCGUAUCCGUCACUAUUGCUCUUCUUCUGUGGGCCAUGACAGUCUGUGAACGAUAAUUCGUUACUUGGGCAGUGUGAGUUUGCUGUAAUGAAUCAGAGGUGAAGGCCAAUCAUAAGCUAUUUUUUUGGAUAUUUAUUAAUAUCAUGUAUAAGUGGCCUUGCAUUGAAGUUUUCGAGAGGGAUUAACGUUGAAUCCGCAAAGAGAAAUGGUAAGCGACACGCCAGAGGGCCGCAAGCUUGUGAGAGCGGACACGCCAGAGGAGAAGCUUCUUGGGGUUUGGAUAUGGGAGUAUGUACUGAAGCACACCUCAGAUGUGAGUUUUAUAAGAGAAUUAACAGAAUCUCUACUUUUUCCCAAAGAUGUUGCACGCUUGAAACAGAUGAUACUGAUUAAAGAGCUCUCAUUUCAAGUAUCGAAGGAUCUGGAUGUUGAGAAGACUUUGGAUAUUCUUGAAGCUCUCUGUCAUGCUUGUGAGGGAGAAUGUUUGGACAAAGCGGGAGCAGAGCCAGAGAAUGUGGUGCCGUCGAAGCGAUUUAAAGCAUCGAGUUCUGGAGCACCGAAAGUGAGAAACAAUGCUGGCGAAGAGUUCGUGUUGCAAGGGAUCCUGCAGCCUACAUUUGAGCUCAAAGAAAAGUUGCAGAAGUUGCUCACGUCUUCAGUUGGUGAGCAAGUUGAAGCACAGAAUGCGAAGGUCAAGGUCAUUGAGAGCGAAUUGUCAGCUUUGAUAAAGAGCGCGUGGGCAGGUUUUGGGCCUGUAUUUUUGGAGAAGACCGAAGCAGCUGUCAUCAAUGGACAAUAUAAGCCUGAAGGAGUCUCAUUGCUCUUACCACCUGCUUCUGCUCAGAACAUGCUUGGUACAGAGGGUAAAAAUGGAUCUAGCCCUGGAAAUGAAGAAUUUCCUGAAAAUGCCAGACGAGUGCUAGAUGAAUGUGGUGUGGAAUUACAAAAGGAUGUUAGUGGGGGAAAUGAAGACUUGCGUAGAGCACGACAAGAGUUAGCAAACAGCUGUGUGGAGCUUCAGAAGGUUGUGAAGGACCCGCUUCCUGCGCUUCUAAGAAAUCGAGAUGGUACUACAGAAGCAUCAGAGACUGUUCUAGGUAAGACUGAUGAGCCUGACAUAAGACGCAGUUUAUUCGAACCUCAUCCAUCGGCACGAGGAGAAGGCUGGGAUGAAGAACCUGGUGACCUUCAAGGAAGUCCAUCUCAACCGACUCCGUCUGCUUCACGACGAAUCCAACUGCCACCCAUUCACAGUCCUGAGCGACCGAAUUUGCUUCCUCAAAGCACAAUGGCAAGUGCGUUGCCACUUCCAAAUAUGUCGGGCAUUAAGCCGAGACGGCAGAAGAGAAAGUGGACUGAUGAGGAGGUUGAAACUCUGAAGAGGGAGGUUCGGAAGUUUGGAAAAGGUCGCUGGAAGUUUAUUUUGGAAAGGAACCUAGAUGUUUUUCAUGAACGCACUGAAGUCGAUAUGAAGGACAAAUGGCGGAAUCUUGAGAAGUACAACGGUGUCUAGUUCGCACAGGUGCACAUCUUGUAAAUAUGUACACUUUAGAAUGUAGAAAAGCAAGUCAUAGAGAUUUCAAAUGCUCUUUUCCCGACGUCCAUCAGCGUGUUCAGAAUUCCUCGUUUACCAAGUUUUUUCGAUGUAAUGCUCUCAUUUAAACCACCAAAAUCUGCUUGUUCUUCUGCUUCCAAGUAACUUGAUUUAUAAGCACUAACUACAUAUGUGCUCUAGUAA